AUGGUGCUGGUCAAAGCGGGCGAGGUGGUCCCUCUAGACGGCACUGUUCGCUUCAGCCGCUCCCUCGUCACCGCAGAGCACCUCACAGGCACCUACCUUUCUCUUCCUUCCCUGGUGCUCUGCUCUUUCAUAUUUUCCCCCCACCCUUCAGGUCGUCCCCCUAGAUGGCACCGUCCGCUUCGGCCGUUCCCUAGUCACCACAGAGCGCCUCACCAGGUGGUCCCUCUAGACGGCACCGUCCGCUUCGGCCGCUCCCUCGUCACCACAGAACACCUCACCGGCGAAGCCCACCCUGUCGAGAAGCUUCCCGGAAACACCCUCCCGGGCGGCUCGCGCACCAUCGACGGCUUCCUCGUCGUGGAAACUUCCCGGAAAUGGUCCGAGUCCACCGUGGCUCGCAUAAUGCAGCUCACAGAGCAAGCCAGGUCCCAAAAACCGCCUCUCCAACGCUGGCUGGAUAAAUUCUCCGAGAAAUACAGUCAAGCCGUGGUGGGAUUGUCGGUGGGAGUGGCUGUGCUAGGCCCUCUGUUGUUCGGAUGGCCGUUGCUCAGCUCGCCAGGGGUGCGGGGGUCACUGUAUCGGGCACUGGCAGUGAUGGUGGCGGCGUCGCCCUGUGCCCUCGCUGUUGCUCCGCUCGCCUACUUCUGUGCUCUCACUGCCUGUGCAGCCAAGCAUGCGUGGGCAAGACUGGCAGUGAUGGUGGCGGCGUCCCCCUGUGCUGUAGCUGUUGCUCCCCUCGCCUACUUCUGUGCUUUGACGGCAUGUGCGCGCAAGGGCAUUCUACUGAAGGGCGGCCAUGCCCUGGACGCCACAGCAGCGUGCGACACAGUGGCGUUUGACAAGACCGGCACGCUCACCACCGGCCAACUCGCCCUGCGCUUCAUCCAACCUCUGCACUCCCACGCACCGCACACCACUCCCUCCCUCCUCACCCCCUCCUCCCCCGUCCCUCCCUCCGACUCCACACCUUCCUCUCCCUCCUCCUCCACCUCCUAUCCCUUCUCUUCCUCCUCCUCAUCCGCCUCUUCCUCGUCCUCCUCUCCCAAUUUCGUUGAAAGCGAGAAAUUCUGGGAAGACUGUGCAAUGGAGGGGACAGGGGGAAUGCGCAGACACAGUCACGAGUGGGAGGAGACAGGAGUGGUGGUGGAGUGCAGCAGUGCAAGCUGUGAGGCAGAGGCGCUCGCAGUGGCUGCUGCACUCGAGCAAGCAGCCACGCACCCCAUUGCCAGCAGUGCGAGCUGUGAGGCGGAGGCACUGGCAGUGGCUGCUGCUCUCGAGCAAGCCGCCACGCACCCCAUUGCCAGGGCCCUACAGGAAUAUGCGGACACCAGAAGAGCUUCUCUCACAGGAGUGAGCGUGGAUCAGCUGCAGCUGGUGCCGGGGCGAAAGCUCACUCACUCCCCUCUGUUUCUGCUCUUUUUCCCCUGUGUUCUCCCUGACAGGGCCUUACGGGAAUACGCGGACAGCAGGAGAGCUACUCUCACGGGGGUGAGCGUCGAUCAGCUGCAGCUGGUGCCGGGGCGAGGGCUCACAGCUACCAUCUCUAGCUUGCCUGGCGAGGUGAAAAUGGGUGCACUGCGGUGCAGUGUGAGCGACAGGUGGGGCCCGCACGAGGCUCGCAUUGGCUCCCUGGAUUUCAUUGCUGAGGUGGCAGAGGAUCGUUGGGCGAGCAGAGCAGCAGCAGGAACAGUACAGGGUGGUGAUGGGUUUGACAGAGAUAAGGCAGCACGAGCAUCAGGAGCAGCAGCAGCAGACACACCAUCAGUAUCCCAGUCAAACCCACCACCACCCCCAACUCUCCCGCCAAGCGACCUAAUCCGAGCAGCUUUGGCAGUGGGGCAAAAGGUAACCCUCUUUCACUUCGAAGAUCAGCUUCGGCCUGGAGCUAAGGAAGUGGUUCGGCAGCUGCAGCAGCAGGGGGGGCUGAGAGUCCAAAUGCUCACUGGGGACCAUGCAGCUUCGGCACACAGGGUAGCAGCAGCGGUGGGGAUAGAGGGAGGGGAAGUUGAGGCGGGGUUGAGACCGGAAGAUAAGCUGAGGGCGGUUGAGGAGAUGACUGGGAGGAUGGGGAGGGAGGGGAGGGGAGGCGUGCUGAUGGUGGGGGAUGGGAUCAACGACGCGCCUGCUCUGGCUGCUGCCACGGUUGGGGUGGUGCUGGCAGAGCGAGCGAGUGCAACAGCAGUGGCAGCAGCAGACGUGCUUCUAUUGAAGGACAAUAUCUCAGAGCUCCCGUUCCUAGUAGCCAAGGCUCGGCAAACCACCCUCAUUGUGAAGCAGAGCGUGGCUCUCGCACUCACAUGCAUUCUGCUCGCACUCCUCCCCGCCCUUCUGGGGCACAUGCCUCUCUGGCUCACGGUGUUGCUUCACGAAGGUGGUACGCUUCUAGUUUGCCUCAACUCUAUUAGAGCACUCAACCCGGCGCCUCUUCGCCGCCCCGGCCUCACAUCGCGCUUGCUGCAGCGAGCCCAAUUGCUGCUGCAGAGGCUGGUGGGUCAGCAGGAUGCUAGUACCAUCGGUAAUGGAGCAGCUGCUAAGGGGGGUGUUCCCACAGCAGGAACGCCUUAA